ACAGAAUGGGCAGAGCAGUUCAUUUAGCUGAUAAAAAAUAUUUACUCAAGUUAUCUUUGAUUGAAUACCACAGCGCAGUGUUUACAACUUUUGUUAUAGACUUUGAUGCGCGGACUUUAAGUGACGUUCUUAAAUGUGGUGACAUUUAAUUGUUUCUGCAAAGAUGUUUAUAACUGUGCCUCGACUGUCCAGAGUCCUGCAGCUCACCCUUGCGGUCAUCAAGCCCGAUGCUGUUGCUCAUCCUCUGAUCUUAGAGACCCUUCAUGAGAAAAUCCUGGAAAAUAACUUUAUCAUUGUCAGACGCAAAGAUCUUAUUUGGAAAAAGGAGAACUCUGAGAUGUUUUAUGCUGAACAUUCAGGGAGAUUCUUCUAUCAACGAUUGGUUGAAUUUAUGUCAAGUGGUCCAAUGCGGGCAUAUGUUUUAGCUCGAGAUGAUGCCAUACAUCACUGGAGAGAAAUGAUGGGGCCAACCAAAGUAUUCAAGGCCAGACACACCGCCCCUGACACAAUCAGGGGUCAGUUUGGCCUCACAGACACAAGAAACACAACCCAUGGCUCAGAUUCUGUAGAGUCCGCACAUACAGAGAUAAAUUUCUUCUUUCCUGAUUUCUGCAUUGGCAGAUGGAUGGAAGAAGAGGAGCCCUCAUAUAGAGCUGGAAAGGCCUUUUAUGAUACGCAUAAAUUGAUCCAUACACUUUCAAGACCGAGCUGA